AUGAGCAUAGACACAGCUGAUGCUAUCGUAGAUGUCUGUUUAUCUCUGCUCGCUGUCUCCGGACUGAUCUCGAAUUGUCUCGUCCUCAUCGUCUUUUACAGACGUCCUGCCCUGCGCUCUCCGUCUAACAGGUUUGUAGGAAGCUUGGUGUUCGCUAACCUACUGUCUGCUAUGGUGCUAGCUCCUCUGCUCGUGUCGCGGGUUCCCGCCCUCUCCGCAGGUUUCAGCGCUCUCGUCGCCACCUCCACCGUCUUCUCCAUCGUGGCCAUCGCCCUAGACCGCUACUGGGCGGUGCUCUCCCCCCUCCACUACGCCAUGACGGUUACUCGCCGUAGAAGUCUGGCCGUAAUUGGAGUCACGUGGUGUUUGUCAGCUCUGCUGGCCUCUCCUCAUUUACUCAUGACUUGUGAGACGCCAGUGUUCUGGCUCACUCAUUCCCUCAUAGUCCUGCUUCUGGGCUUCACCUUCCCCCUCAUAGCUUUGGUGCUUAUCUACGUCAGGAUGUAUGCAGCGGCACACAGAAACAGUUUACGAACGAGAAGACAGAGUAUGACGACCGACCUCGAGUUGGCGAGGAAGGCGUCGAACGCCACCUUCUCGGCUCUCUUCUUUCGCGAGGAGGGACGAGCGAUCAAGACCGCCAUCAUGGUGAUCGCAUCGUACCUGUUCUGCUGGGCCCCUUACUUCGUGUCCUCUACGAGUCAGGCUUGGGGUGGAGUCUCGCUGCCAAGGUCUCUGGUCACCAUCUGUGCCGUGUCCGGGUCCUCCCUCAACCCCAUCGUCUACGUGUUCCGCAACGAGUCUGUGCGCAAAGAAGCCACCAGAGUCGUCUGCUGGUGGAAGGUCCCAGCGUGUCCUCCAGGACAGCCACCCGGGCUGCUGCCACGGGUCAGGCACCAGUCAUCCUCCCGCUGUGACUCCAUGUCGGUCCAGAGCUUCCAGAUGUCCACAGCUGGUCCUGAGUGCCAUCAUAUCGACACCCCUCCCGCAGACUUUGUCACCACUUACAACCCGAUCCACGGAGAGUCCCAGAGGUACGAGAGCGUCACGUUCCGACUGGCGCAGCGCCGCUGUCAGUCGUGCGUACGUCAGAACUCUGACUCAUCGACAGGGAGCGGCCACCCCCUCCUGACUCCCUUGCCCCGGCGCCAGCGACCCUCUAGCGAGCCAUCUACUCCCCGCCACUUCAACAACAACGACAAUGACGAAAAGCAGAAUGUUUUCAAGUUUCAGGAGGCUCCUGAACGACUGGCCGAGGUGAACGGUACCGGUGAGAACCGAAGGGAACGGUUCAAACUGCAGCGUCUGCCGGCAAUUGAGGCGGAUGAACCUGGAACUCAAGUGUAGUCGGACCUAGUUCAUACGCUGAACAACUAGAGAGCAGCGUAGAUGGAUGAACCACUGCUUUACUUGUCUAGACUGGGACCAUGGUCUACCUGUAGAGGUGUCCCAAGUUCUGACCAGAGUAAAUUGUAAAGUAUAACUUAGCUACGUAUUUAUAAUAUUUCCUGUUCAACGACAGGACGUAGCACAGUAAAACCGUUUAGAAGAUUGUUUGAUUGAGGAAGGUGAUCCAAAGAUUUUAUUAGGUUGGGUUUGCAGAUUUAAAAUAAGAUAUCCAUAUUUAAACUGUUUAAAUUUUUAAGUUCAAAUUAAAAGCUUUAAAUCGGGUUUUUAAGAUGAGCUAAGUUUAUUUUCGAUCGUUUCAUUAAGCCCCUUUCCAGAUAUAGGAAAAUGCAUAAACCGUUCACAUAAAAAUUAAAGAAUAAGUAAGAAAAACUCAUAGAAAGGUAGCUCACAACUUUGCCUCAUAUGUAAAAAAUAAUGAAUAUUCUAACGAAAAAUGUAAAGAAGAACAUAUUUUAUUUUAUUUUUUAAUAAAUAUAGUUCUGUCUUGGGAAAGAAGAAAUACAUUAAUAUUGAAGUUCAAUCCCAUAUCCUAAUUGUUUUGGAAGAUAAGGUAUAUAUGUAUAAUUACGUCAAAAACGUAAGAUUCUAUUUUAUAUAGACAUUCACCAUUUUGUUUAGAAACCUUUUUUAACCUAAUAUUAUGAUAAAGAAGUUUAUUAUAAUUUUGUAUGUCUCAAAUAACUACAAAGUUGCAAGAAGAUCGGAGAUAAAAAUAUAUGAGGAAAAAUGUUGUUACCUAUAUAUGCUCUUAAUAUAUUCUUAAGGUUUUUAUUACAUUUUCAUUGAUAAAGCAGUCAACGUUGCGUUAUUUUAUUUCAUAAAAUAUAACAUUAAUUUACAGGACUGUUUUGUAUCAUGGUGUAAAAUAAUAACUAUUCAGGAAUAAAAUAUUGUGCACCUUUUAAAUAUUGACAUAUUUAACACACUGUUUGUACUGGCGUAACUGUAUUAUAUUUUUUAUAUUUAAACCAAUGUAAUUACCUACGCCACUAUUGAGAGUAUUUUUGAGCAUUCGUAGGCAGAAAAGACUGUGAUCAGACCUUAGUUUACACCACUGUAUAGAUACACCAAAGAAAUGAUAUUUUUAUAGUGCUUUAGGUUUUUACUGGCUUCUGUAUAAAUUAGUGAUCCCUUUGUACGCUUUUAAUGGUACUGUAAAUAAGUUGUUGCUGCUAAGUGAUGAGGAUAACUUGCUUCCACUGUGACAUAAAAGAAAAUAUUAAGAUAAUAUAUUACCCAGUUACGGCAUAAAUACUGCACGCCAUCACUGACUGACAAGUCGACUUGUAUAAACUGUGCAUGUAUAUCCAUAUAAUUUGUUUAACUUUAUACUUUUCGAAGUAGAGAACCAAUAAAAAAAAUCAUAAUUUUAACAAAGUAUUUCAAACUUUGAAUAUCACAAAAAUGUUAAUUUUGUAAUGUUAUCAUGAAGCAACAUCCCUUUUAAUACUAUAAUUGUAUAUUCUGUUAUAAUUUAUAUAUUUCGACAAAUAAGUCAAUAUUGCUCUUAUAAUAUUCAGCUUAUAACUCGUAAAAUAAAUGAUCAGAAGAUAUUUAAAAUCCAAUUCUGUUAUGUGUAAUUUCAUUAAUUAAGGAAAAUAUUGAAAAACUAACACCAUUGUAAAGUUUUUGUAUUUUUAAAUGAAAGGCAAGGAUAAUAUUCAGAUGGUAACUGACAUUAGUUCUUUGUUAAAAGAUUUUUAUCAGAUGAUUUUAAACGAUUUUGACAGGAUAUUGGACAUUUGCAAUAACACAAACCUGAAAACUCUAAUCUCUCUCUUUCUCUUUUGUACAUGACAUGCUUGUACUUCACACAAAAUCUGGUAUUACAGGUAGUUUCUCGGUUUUCAUGUAUGAAAUCAAAUGUAUGAAGUUGAUUCAUACAUGGGUUGAAUUCAUGGGAAUACAUUGAUCGGCUUGAUUGUAUGGACUGAAAUCCUCCAAGAAUCCAGAAUGUUGUGUUCUGCUUUUGUAAAAUAUAACUAUUGAAAAUGUCUGAUAUCCUGACAGAUUAGUUUAGAAUGUUUCUCGUGUAGCCUAUUCUUCUCUCCAGACUAUACACCUUAACACGGAUAAAACAUAAGAAAUUCAUUUGAUUUUAAACUAGCCAACAGUAAAAUUUGUAAUAUGUAGCUGGAAGAUCAGCGAUACUACGAAAAGUAAUAAAAUAGCGAUUUUACUGCAGACGACCUUUGUUUGUAUUUUGAAUCAACUCACACAUAUAUUCCUUUCAUGCGAUUAACUAUUUCUAAAAAUAUAUUUAUCUUAUAAAUAAGUAGGUAAAUUAUUAAGCUCAAUAUAAUAUAACUGAAUAUAUUAGUUAUUAAAUUUCUUUUUAAAAUUUAUAUCAAAAUACCUUUCAGCGAUAUUUUUUAUUAAAAUAAAAUAUUUAGUUAUGUUUAUAGAAAUAUAGGAUUAUUUAAUAUAAAAUUGUUUAUGUGUCAGUAGUAAACUAUCAGUGUUUUCCAACCAAGAUCUAUGAUUAUGUUUUCCCAGAAUCUGUAUUCCAAAGUUAUUAACCUAUUGCAAUAGUUUCACUAUUCUGGAUGUACAAUUAAUUAUUUAAUCACUAUUUUUAUAACGAUUUUAUGCCUUAAAGUUCACAAUGAGAGUGAACAUUCUUAGUUACGACUGUAUAUUUUCUGUUGGAUUAUUGAGAGUGAAUAUCCUCAAAGCUUUAAAACUAGGGACCAUUUUAGCAGAUACCACGCACCAAAAACACCUUUAUACAUAUCCUUUUUUGACUUUUUUACAUGAGUAAAGUUACAAUAAUAAAAAAUCCUAGUAUUCAAACCGUUUUCAUCAAUAAAUAAAUGUAGUUGAAAUCGAUGAUUCAUCCACACCCAAUUUGAGAUUGAUCCACAUUUUAUCAUUUUAGUAUUAGUAAGAAACGUUUAAAAGUAUAUAUAUAU